UCUUUUAUAGAUAUGGUUUAACCACAAAGUUAAAUGGAAAGAAAAUGGCAGCUGCUGAUGCCAAUAACCGUGUUCACCUUUUCCGUCUACAAACGCUUAUCAUAGAUGGCGGACUUCUAAUAUUAAGAAAUAUACUCGACCAGAAUCUCCACGUCCAGAACAUUUCUCUAAGUGCAUGCUUGAAUACAGAAAGACCGACAAUUACACAUCUCAAGAGCCGGAACACAAUUACACAAGUCCAGUAUGAUCUACUGUAUCCACCUGCAGGUGGAAAACUUCCAUCGACAGCAGACUUUGACAUCACGCUUAUAAUAUGUCUGCUGAGAAAUCUGAAAACUUGUGGAUUGAACACAAAAUUUAAAUGGAAUGACCCGCUACAGGCAACAGAUACAAGUAUAGAAGCGGAUGUGUUAAGGCUGAAACAUUUUAGAAAUGAGGUUGCACAUAUAUCGACAACAACUGGAAUCGACGUGAAAACAUUCAAUUUAAAAUGGACGGAAAUCGAACAGGUACUCAAUCGGCUGAAUGUCCUAAAUCCUGUUGCAAACCUGCAGCAGCUAAUUAAUGAAUACAAAAACAGUUCACUUGAUCCAAAGGCUGAGGAAAAGUUACAAAAAGAAAUACACAGCUGGAGAAACAUGGAAAAGGCCUUAGAAACUGAAAUACGUCUUGUAAAGAAAGACGUAUCAGAUGUAAUAAAGGAAGUUGGAAACGUUAAAACAGAAGUUGAUAACGUGAAGGAAGAGGUUAAUGUAGUGAAGAAAGAUUUAGCACAACAUUUUGGCAAAGUCAAAGAAGGUAUUGACGAAGUAAAGAAAGAUGUAGCCAAAGAGGUUGGCAAAGUAAAAGAAGAUGUUGACGAAGUAAAGAAAGAUGUAGAAAAAGAGUUUGGCAAAGUAAAAGAAAAUGUUAACGUGGUGAAGAAAGAUGUAGCAAAAGAGGUCGACAAAGUAAAAGAAGAUGUUGACGAAGUGAAAAAAGGUGUUGCAAAAGAGGUUGGCAAAGUAAAAGAAGAUGCUGACGUAGUGAAACAAUACGUAGCAAUAGAGAUUGGCAAAGUAAAAAAAGAUGUUGACGAAGUGAGGAAAGAUGUGGCUAAAGAGGUUAGCAAAGUAAAAGAAGAUACUGACGUUGUGAAAAAGGAUGUAGCAAAAGAGGUUGGCAAAGUAAAAGAAGAUGUGGACGAAUUGAAGAAAGGUGUAGCAAAAGAGGUUGGCAAAGUAAAGGAAGAUUUUGACGAAGUGAAGAAAGAUGUAGCUAAAGUGGUUGGCAAGGUUAAAGAAGAUACUGACGUUGUGAAAAAGGACGUAGCAAAAGAGGUUGGCAAAGUAAAAGAAGACGUGGACGAAGUAAAGAAAGAUGUAGCAAAAGAGGUUGGCAAAGUAAAGGAAGAUUUUGACGAAGUGAAGAAAGAUGUAGCAAAAGAGGUUGAAAAAGUUAAAGAAGAUGUUGACUUAGUGAAGAGAGAUGUAGAAAAAGAGAUGCACAAUAUGAAGGCCGUAAAAGAAAGGAUUGCUCAACUAGAAUUUGGAAAGAAAUUUCAAGAAGAAACAGAUGCAAGUACGGCUGUACAUGCACAGCAUUCGGCGGCGGAAGAGGAAUAUCUUCAAAAGAAAAAUCGUAAGUUGAUUUCUUUUGUUAGAUGAUCUUCAUUCAAAAUAUGUAUCCAUUAAAAAUUUACAGAGGUAGAUACUGAGAACAAACACCGAAAUUAAUACAAUCCGAUAAAACUGAAAAUUUUCAGCAGUCGUCAACAUUCGUGAACUUUAUGGGUUGGAGCAGAAAAUGGCAGCAAAUGGCGAAAUAACGUGCGUUCGCAUUGUAUUUGUCCCAAUUUACAGAAAUCACGUACAGAUGUUUAUAUUCCAUGACUGCAAAGUUCGAUUCGGAAGUAGAUUAUACUGGUAUAAGAGUCAUAUGAAGAAAGUAAACAA